AUGCAGUCAGUCACCAUCUACGCAAAGGAGAGAGGGAGAGCGCCGGCGGACCUACCACGCAGCAACCGAGUCCGCGAGGUUGUGUCGUACGACGUUGUGUCUACGCCUCCUAAGCCGCUCUGCGUUGGUAUGAAGGUCGUGGUCUACACCCUGAGGAGAUGGAGGAACAGCGAUGGCCGCCUGUCGGACGGGCAUGCUGCGGAAGAAGCAGGAGUUGAAGGCGAGAUCAUCGGAAUCCGUACGAUGGAGCUGGCCUUCACUGAGCUCAUCGUGAGCAACAAGAACCUGCGAUCGACGAUUGGGACUGCAUACCUGGCCAUCCAGCACAUCGAGGGGACAACGGUGAGCUUGGGGCUCUGGCGCACGGCGCUGCGUACCAUCUCUCUCCCCUUCCUGCCGCACACUCGCCACAUCCCGCUGGAGACAGGAGAGAUCGUCGUGAACCCGCUGUGA